UGAUUUAUUGUAAAGAGUGCUUUAAACACUUUGCUGAAGUCAGUCUACAUCAGUCAUUGAUAGUUUUAGAGCUAAGCUGUUCAGUAUGGCAGCGGUGAAAGAUAUUCUCGGAGAAACAGUUAUUAAUUCUGAAGGAGAGGAGGUUAUCGUUGAGCAAAUAUGUAAAGAUAAAAUUGCAAUUGGUAUAUAUUUCUCGGCUCAGUGGUGCUCUCCAUGCAGAAGCUUCACGCCUAUCCUGAAAAGAUUCUUUGAGGAAAAUGCAAAGGACUUCGCUGUAGUUUUUGUUAGUUCCGACAUUGAUCAAUCGGCAUUCGACGAAUACUUCAGUACAAUGCCCUGGUAUGCUGUCCAGUAUACAGAUACAGAAUUAAAGGAACAGCUGACAGCCAAGUACAAAAUUCGAGGAACUCCCAGUAUUGUUGUUCUCCGUCCUGGCGGAGAGGUGAUCGAAGAAAAUGGAAGAAGUACUAUACAAACUGCUUCACGAAACAGCUAUAUGUUCCCAGACAAAUGGAAGAUACAUUAGUUGCUGCUUUAUACAGCUCUGCUUCAAGAGACAAUUACUAAAGGACAAUAUGCCUUCACUUGUUUGAAAAAUAUCUUAUUUAGUUCAGAAAAUACUAUGCUUAAAUAGAGGAACUGGAUAUUCAAAUUAGAAGAAAGUAGUCCGGCAAGUCACCAGUGAAAAUACGGAAAUGAAAAAUAUGUUUUUACAAAAUGAAAAUACGCAUUUCAUUUCAUUAAUAUUUCUC